AUGGAGCAGCUGCCUGGGGCGGACUCGCUGAACCUCCCUGUGGCCUCAGAGUACCCCGCAUACACCACGUGGUGGGGGAGGAGAGCAGCAGCAGCAGCAGCAGCAGCAGAAGCAGCAGCAGCAGCAGGAGAUGGGGCAGCUAGUAGUCAAGGCAUAGACAUGCAUGCAUCAGAUUCUGCUGCAGCAACAAACCCUACUAAACAUACUCCUGCUGCUGCAGCAGCAGCAGCAGCAGCAGCAGCAGACACAGCGGCAUCAAGCACACGGGCCUACCACCAGCAGCAGCAGCAGCAGCAGCAGCAGCAGCAGCAGCUGGUGGACCCUCUCGAAGACUUAUAUACACAAAUGGUUAUAAUAAACGGGAUCGAGCAGCAAGACCCCCUAGAGGCAUACAGAGGAGUGAAUGGGGAGCCCGCGGGGCUGCUGCAGCAGCAGCAGCUGCUGCUGCUGCAGCAAGCAGCAGAGAGAGCAGCACGAGCUCAGCAGCUGACGCCCCUGCUGCUGCACUCCCUCGCGGGGCCAUCCAAGCAGCAGCAGCAGCAGAAACACCUCAGCUGCAUGCAGACACACACCAGCAGCAACAGCAGCAACAGCAGCAGCAGCAGCAGCAGCAGCAGCAGGAAUGUUUCAUCUAUUUCUACAUCUGCUGCUCUCUCUAUUGCCUCUCGGCUUUGGCGUAGAUCCCCUAAAGACCCAGCAGCAGCACCAGCAGCAGCACCAGCAGCAGCAGCAGCAGCAGCAACACCUUCUGCUGCUGCUGCUGCUGCUGCUGCUGCUGCUGCUGGUAGAUAUGAGUUUGCAGCAGCACCUUGGGCCCCCAUAGGGUUCUGGGGUUUUGUGAAUGUGCUGCUGCUGCGGCUGGAGCUGCUGCUGACGAUGUCUUUGCUGCGGCUGCAGCUGUGGCUAGUUGAUCUGCUGCUGCUCAUGAUCCAGCAGCAGCAGCAGCAGCAGGCGGCUGGAGCUGCUGCUGACGAUGUCUUUGCUGCGGCUGCAGCUGUGGCUAGUUGA